UGCAUCUGGCCACACUUCUUCGCGCAAAAAAACACAAAUUUCACAAAUUAAAAAACAAACCUGGAAAUGUCGCUGAAAAAGGCCUUGGACGACUGCCUAAUUGACUUUGAUCGUCGUGUCCUGGUGACCGAUCUGCUCGAGGAGUACAAGCUGCCCUACAAGGAGGUGCACGAGCUGCUGGAGGCCUACGUCGGUAGCCAGGAGCCGGCCACCAAGUUCGACAAGAGAUUCCUCGUCCGCGGAAAGCGCAAGUAUGAGGAAGGCGGAACCAAUGCUGGCGACGAGCUCUACUCUGUGGUGCGCGAGAGCCAGCUGCCGGACUGGCUGGCCAAGCUACAGGAUGCCGAGUCGCAGCUGUACAGUGUGGAAGUCGCGGGCGGCUCCAAGUCGCCGGCCAUGAUCUUUAAACCCAUGCAGCAUUUGGAGGUGAAGCUGGCCAACGUGGAGCAGCGAGCGGGCAACCCUGCUCCUGCCUCUGCUCCCACUACAAAUGGUGUGCACAAAACCAAUGGCGUGGCGCCUCAGACGUCCAAAAAGCCUGUCGUAAAAUCUGAGCCGGCCAAAACUUCACCAAUUAAAGCAGAAAAACCUGCCGCCAGCAAAGAUAAGUCACCUCCGGAUGUUAAGAAUACCUCACCCAAGGGCCAGUCCUCGAAAGCCAAGCCGGGAUCAACUGGUGCAGCCAAAAAGGGCAGCAUUAACAGCUUCUUCACAGCAGCUGCAGCUGGAAGUAAGCAGGGUGAUGUCAAGGCCACUCCUAGCAAGGCGUCUACCAGCAGCAUGGACAACUUCCUCAAGAAGCAACCGCCGGGAGCAAAGAAGUCACCACCGAAAGAGUCCAAAAAGGCUACUCCCGCUGCAGUCAAAAAAGAAAAGACUCCCGUCAAGAAGCAAUCCCCGGCCAACACUUCGGUGCAACUGUUCGAGGAGGAAAGCGGUGACUCGUCCGACGAAGAGGAGAAGCUGGACAAGAUCCGACGCAAGGUUAUUGGUUCGGACAACGAGUCCGAUAAGGAGAAGCCCAGCUCCAAUAGCAAGCGGCGACGUAUCGUGGACUCCGAGGACGAGGACGAGGAGCAGCCACCCAAGAAAACCGCCGAAGAGCCCGCCGUGAUUGAUGUCGAGGAAAUGGACACUGAGCCGGCAAACGAAACGUAUAUGGAUGAGGAAGGAUUCGUCAUCACCCAGAGAAAGCCAACAAAAGCUGCCCCACCGCCAGCCAAGAAGAAGAUAUCUCCCAAGGCCACUGCACCGGCCAACAAAAAGAAAUCUCCGCCUUCGACAGGUAAGGGGGGAGGCGAUGGGACCAAGACUAAACAGGCCGGCAUAAUGAGUUUUUUUUCGAAGAAAUAAUUCAGAGCAUGAGGAGAUGUAAAAGCAGCACUUAAUGUAUAACAAAUUAUUCUUUAAAAAAUAAAUAAAUAUAAAUAUCCAUCUUGAA